CUUCAGUUAUGCAGGACCAACAUGCAACCAAUCCCUUUAUAGAAUGGACAAUAACCCAUGGGUUCUUCACAUGGAUGGGUGGAUUUAUGCUCUACGUUGAUGGCAUGCCGCGAGCUACUCUUACUUCCAAUGAACUCCUGGAGUUUGUUCGUAGGGGAUCCGUGGACAUGCCAGUCAUCACAGAAGCAGAUAUAGAAGACCGAAGCAAGGGUGAUGGACUAUCCAAAGGCAUCGCCAUUCUUCAGUUGGUGUGGUUUGUCUCACAGCUUGUCGCUCGUUGCAUCCAGAACCUUCCGAUAACCCUGCUUGAAAUUGACACUCUGGCAGUAGCUGCCUUGACCUGCAUUUCUUAUGCUUUGUGGUGGAAGAAGCCUAAGGAUGUGGGAUGUCCUUAUAUUGUUCAUCUGAAAGCAAAUGCAACUCCGCCAGACCUGCUAAACUAUGAUUACAACAGAGACUUUAGCCCCAGGUCCUACUAUGAGCGGAUUAGGGGACAUAUAUUUUAUCCCUUUGUCUGUCUCAUUGGCAUUGAGGCAAACCCUUCCCCCCGUGCUGCCUGUUAUCGUCGUGUGCCAUCUCUAGGUGGCUACAAUGCCUGUAAGUUUGACGAUAACGGGGGCCUACUGACUAGGUAUCGUGUUGGUAAGAUCAUACUUCUCAGUGGAUGUUUCAAUGGGAUGGUGUUUGGAGGGAUACAUUGUCUCGGUUGGAAUUACUGUUUCACAGCCACGCAGAGCACAUUAUGGCGCGCAACCUCCCUUUUGGUAAUAUGUGCACCAGUAGUUAUUUCGCUUGAUACCCUGUCACUCAUGCACAGACAGUGGCCUUUGAUUAAGAUAUUUGGACUUUAUCCUGGACAGAUCGCCACUCUCAUAUAUAUUACUGCGUGUAUUACACUAAUUGCACUCAUAAUUCUGAGCUUAUUACAAUCACUACCUACUGGCGUAUACGAUACAGUAGCUUGGACUGCAUUUAUUCCGCAUUUGUAGUUUUGUUUCAUUGAUGUAACAGGGCAUGCCAACUUACCUGAUGGAUCACUG